ACGAUGGCCUCCCUACAGAAAUUGGUGAAUCUGCGAUCCUCUCUGGGUGUGUUCGCCCGAGGUAUCAGCACGGGAGUCCCAAGAUUUGAAAUUUUCAAAGUACAAUCCCCAGAAGAGUUCAAUGAAAAAGUUCGAAACAGCAAAGAGCCGGUGAUAGUGGACUUUUUCGCAACAUGGUGUGCACCGUGUCGUAUGCUGACUCCCCGGAUUGAAACCAUCAUCGGGGAAAAUGAGGGCAAAGUGAAGCUGGCAAAGGUUGACAUUGACGAGCACACCGACCUGGCUCUGGACUAUGAGGUAGCGUCUGUUCCAGUCUUAUUGGCCAUUCGAGAUGGCAAGGUUGAGCAACGUCUUGUUGGCCUACAGGACACCGACAAACUCCGGACGUGGGUGCAGAACGUUGUAGGAAAGACGAAAUGAUCGUUGCCCUGAGUACCCUGCUAA